AAUUGACCUCUAAUGGAACAGAGACUGAGGUUUGCGUCUCUUAGUUCAUUUGGUUUGCCUAAUACCUUUGGCUUCAAGAUUGAAGAUAGAAAGGGCUGGAUGCAUAGAUUCAUCUGUGACACUCGAAGUUUGACAGAUCUUUUAACUUCCGUCGUCCAGAGGGUGGGUGGCGACAUUGAUUGGAACCAUUUGCCCCAAAUUCUGUAUGAAGACGAAGAUCAUGAUAAAGUUGUGAUUGCAUCGGAUGGUGAUCUUGCAGCGGUUGUGGACCAUGCAAGGCAGGUUGGUUUGAAGAGUUUGAGGUUGCAUCUAGAUUAUUCAGGGUCAGAUGGUCAGAGGCGUGGUGGUUCAGAAGGUUUGGAUUAUGCACACAGAGAUGCAUGGGCUUCUGCAUACAAUACUGUUGCAGUAGGGGCUGCAGUUGUUGCUAGACUUGGUGUAUUAGCAUAUUUGCAGAGAUAUAGCUCCUGA